AUGAGCUGAUCCUUCCCCGUAGUAGGGUUCGUCCAGCGGGGUUCGGUGUGUCCGGUCCGGGGCGCUGUUGGGCUGGAUUUCACGGUUGGAGACUCAUAUUUGGAGGCAUAUUCUCUCUUUCAUUACUUUCUUCCCUGAUCCGCAGUGUUUGUUGAGCGUCUGCCCGACUGGAUCUGCUUCAUCAUGGCCGUCUGAAUUCAGAUCCAAAUCCCAGUCUGAUCCCCUUUUCUCAAUCAUCCAUCCCGAUCGCUCUGGGAAUCAUUUCUUUGGGAUUUUACUUUAUUUGUGCCAAUGUUCAAACAUGCAGCCUCCGCCAAGAAAGGUAAAAGUGACACAGGAAGUGAAGAACACGCAUACGGAGCAGCUCGGCCGCCUGCACCUCAAACACCAGACGGAAUGUGAUUUAUUGGAAGAUAUGAGAACCUACAGCCAGAAAAAGGCCACGCUGGAGAGAGAUUACGCGCAGGCCCUGCAGAAGUUGGCGAGUCAGUAUUUAAAGAGGGACUGGCCUGGGAUCAAACCAGACGACCAGAGGACAGAUUACAGGAAUGUGUAUGGAGUGUGGCGGGCUUAUCUUGAAGGCACCGUGCAGGUGACCCAGUCUCGACUCAACGUCUGCGAGAACUACAAGAACGAGAUCUCGGACCCCGCCAAAACUUUACGCCUCUACAAAGAACAGCAGCUGAAAAAGUGCAUUGAGCAGCUGGGUCGGAUCCAGGCAGAGCUCCAGGAUUCAGUGAAGGAUCUGGCCAAGUCCAAAAAGAAAUACUUUGAGCUGGAGCAGAUGGCCCAGGCUGUGCGGGAAAAGGCCGACAUUGAGUCCAAGUCGAAGCUGGGUCUGUUCCAGUCCCGGAUAAGUUUACAGAAAGCCAGUGUGAAGUUGAAAGCCAAGAGGAGCGAUUGUAACUCCAAAGCAACCCACGCGAGGAACGAGUAUCUUCUCACAUUGGCGGCUGCCAACGCACAUCACGACCGCUACUACCAGACCGACCUGGUCAAUUGCAUCAAGGGUCUGGAGGGGAACAUAUACGAUCAUGUGAAGGAUUAUCUGAUAUCCUUUUGUCGGACCGAGUUGGAAGCGUUUCAAGCCGUCCACAGCACCUUCCAGUUCCUGCUGGAGAAGUCCAGUCGAGUGAUGCAGGACUUCAACCAGCAGCUGUUCCUGCAGGAGAACCCAGUGUUUCACAAAGCACAAGACUUCCAGUUCCAGCCCAGCGAUAGCGAUACAAGUCGACAGCUGGAAUCAGAGACAGGAACCACCGAAGAACACAGUCUCAACAAAGAAGCGAGGAAAUGGGCCACACGUGUGGCUCGCGAACACAAGAACAUCAUCCAUUACAAACGGGUGAGAGGCGCUGGAUGUCACACACACGCAUUUACACUCCAAAACAACAUCUGUGACAAACCUCAGCAACACACACACUUAAACACUUACAAAUCUUCUACGCUAAAGCUGAAAGCAGAAGCGCGUCUGGACCUCCUGCGGCAGGUGGGAGUUUCUGUGGACACGUGGCUGAAGAGUGCCUUGAACCAGGUGAUGGAAGAGCUGGAGAACGAGCGCUGGGCCUCGCUGCCCCCCCUCACCACCCACGACCUCUCUCUGUCGACCACGGUGGAUUUGGACAGAGAGGAAGGAGAAGAAUUAGAAGAGAACAUGGAGACGUACGACGACAGCAGCUCGAGUCCUUCAGGAACCCUGAGGAACUACCCACUCACCUGCAAGGUGUUCUACUCAUACAAGGCCUCUCAGCCCGAUGAACUAACCAUCGAUGAGCAUGAGAUGUUGGAGGUUAUAGAAGAUGGAGACAUGGAGGACUGGGUGAAGGCGCGGAAUAAGUCCGGUCAGGUGGGCUACGUUCCAGAGAAGUACCUGCAGUUCCCCACAUCCAACAGCGUCCUGAGCAUGCUCCAGUCCCUCGCUGCUCUGGACGCACGCUCACACUCCUCCAGCAACUCCACUGAGCCUGAGCUGGCAUCAGGCAGCUUCAACGGAGACAGCAGCAUGAGUUUUGUCAAGGCCAUGUACGACUACGAGGGUCAGACGGAUGACGAGCUGUCAUUCCCUGAGGGAGCCAUCAUCCGCAUCCUCAACAAGGACAACCAGGAGGACGACGGCUUCUGGGAGGGCGAGUUUAACGGACGAGUGGGCGUCUUUCCGUCCGUGCUGGUGGAGGACCUGACCGCCUCAGAGAACGGAGACACUCACUGGGGAACAGACACACAGGUGUCCCCGUGCCAAAGGCUUCAUUCAUCGAUUCCUCCUCUGCCUCUGUAUGAGCAGCCGCCCUGCAGUCCGUACACGAGCCCCGAGACCAGCAGCGCCCCCUCGCUGCCCCGCUCGCCGUCUGUCAACGGAGAACUCAAACUGCCCAUCCCGCAGAAAGCCGCCGUUCACAAUCACAAUUCCAGCUUGAGUCCAGAGAGCCCAGGCUUCUCUCAGCCGCUGAGACUCACUCCGGACGGACCCGGCCCCGGAAAACUCAGACCUGUUCGGGCAGCACCUCCUCCUCCAAAGCAGCACACGCGCCGACAGGUGGAGAAAACCGAAGAGGUGGAGAUCACGCUGGUGUAGAGCGCCGCCCUAGUGGACUGAGAACAAACCCCAUCUGACCUCUAACCCCUCCCACUCCUCACGGAAGGGGCGGGGCGUGUGUUAACCCGCCCUAUGAGCAUCCUUAGAUCCCGAAGGGGCGGAGAACAGCAUCUCAAAGGCAUCCCUUUUCAUAAAAACAAACACCUCUUUUGGCGUCACAGACUGUUUGGUGCCUUAAACCGCUUUCAUGCCAAACUCUAAUCCUUGUAUUCGUAAUUACAUUAUCUUGCAACGGGAGCUUGUUUAAAACUUUGUUAAUCCACUCGAUGCCAGUUAAUUUUCACAAAAUUGAGGUUGAUGUGUAAGUGUGUGUCUAAAAACGUAGAAAGGAAUCAAGGGAUAGCGAGAGUUUUAAAGAGGCUACACUUUUUACGGCUUUAGAAGAGCCAAACAUGCGAUACUAGGAAUUGUGGGAUGAUACGGGAGUGAAAAAGGGGUCAGCCACGAAUAGUCCUACCAUUUACGUAUUUCAUAUGUAAUAGCACAGUACAUUACUGUCGUCAUAGGAAUGUUAUAUUCACGUUAAACAUCGCAGAUCAUAACGGAGAAAGGGAACUGUACAUAAAAGGCUACAAGGAAAAAGAGCGGUAGAGGAGAACGAGGGUUUAAUAGAGAGGAAGGCUGGUUACUUCACUCGGUUUAGCUUCUUUCUGUCUUGUGUUGAUCUGAGAAAAGUACUAACAACAUAGCUAUAUCCUUUUCCUCAAAUUGUCAUUAUGAAGACCAGUGUUUGUAUGUAUUACUAAUAUUUAGUCCUCAGAAACACGCGACCUAAAGACGCGUCUGUGAGCACGAGGCGGCGAAUAUUCUGCGUCUGCUCGGGCGGAACGUAAUCGUGGAAAUAUACCGAUCAAUAUACAAGUAUCAGUUAAAGUGCUUUUCCAGCCUAACGCAUUUCUCAUUGUCAUGUGUCGGCACUGUAGAGGGACUGAACGAAUGUGCUGUGUUUCUUUUAUGGCAGUGUUUAGGGUGAAUGUGAUGGGAAAGAUUCCCACUAACAAGCACAGAAAAGGUGGAUCAUCGUGGAGAUUUUUCUUUUUAAUUAUUGCCGACGAACGCAAACCUAUUAUCGUGUCCUAAGUGCAUUUCCUCCCUACAAGGGGCAGCUAUGUUUGUUUUUUAAGAGUUUCUUUGUCUUUUUUUUUUUUGCAGUUGAAGAGACAUUUCAUCUUAAAUAAGCAAUGGCUGUAAUUUAGAUUUAUGAUUUUUAUUCAUUUCCACAGUAUUUUCAUGCAUAUCUUGAUCUUUUUCUGGAGUUUCAGUGCUUUGACCUCUUAAUUUUAUCUUAUUUUUGUAAUGUCCUUGUGUCCCGGCUGCCUCUUUUGGAUGAUGAAGCUGCCCAGCGUCUUGUUAUUGAUCUCGUUAGAGAGUGACUGAUUGUAGUUUUCCCAUAACGUUUGAAAGAGAACAGAGUUAUUAUGUUGAUUCCAUAAUAUAGACAGUGGAAAGAAUUUUUAAAAAUCCAUUUUGUGAAAUGGUACCAUAGUUCUGUUAAGCAAGAACAGGGUCAUGACAAAAAGAACGUGUGCGAGACGUGGGAGGAAAAAAAACAAAACGUUUGUUUGGUAGCCUUUUUUUAAUCCGAGCGGAAGAUGUUUGAGUAUCUUCCUUUGUUUCUAUUUUCCUCUGUCACAACCUAUUUUCUUGUUGAUCUCGUUGAGAUCUUUUGAAUGUUAUCAAACUUGUUUUGAAGUUUAUGGUUAGAGGUUAAAGCCCAUUGUGUCAAAAACUGUUCUCGCCUACGAAACGAACGCAAAUUUUGAUAUUUUCAUUUGCAUUUUUUUUCAAUUGCGCUCCCAGUUUUCUCGGCCAGUUUCAACUCUUUGGAGCUUCUUCAAUAGCAUUAGCUGCAUAUUCUAGUUCUUUUUAUUUCUAAAGUGAUUUUAUUUACGUUUAUUACAAUUUGAAGGUGAUUCCGAGCUGCUAGACAAAAAAAAAAAACAGAUGGAAUAACAACAAUUGACUGUUGCUGCAGUGACAAUAUCAGAGAACAGGUGAAAAAUAUUCUUUCUGCAUAUUAUUAGCUGUAAAAUUAUUUGUAUUUAUUGUGUACAAAUGUUAAAUAAAAAAACUGGGGAAAGUGA